AUGGCGGAUUAUUUUGUCGAAGACCCGAAGUACAACGAAGAUAUCUUUCGGCAUAGGUUCCGUAUGUCGAAACGUUUGUUUCUAAAAAUUGUGUCCGAUGUGGAAGAGAACGACCCGUGGUUUGUAGAGGCCCCCGAUGCGCGAGGUAGGAAGGGCUUUACGCCCUUGCAAAAGGUGACAUCGGCUAUUAAACAGCUCGCAACUGGAAACACUCCAGACGAGAACGAUGAGUACUUGCAUAUGGCCGAAAGAACUUCCCGCGAGUGCCUAGAAUAUUUUUGUGACACGGUUUGCAAAAUAUACGGUCCAGAGUUCUUACGUAGACCGACAAGCCACGACAUGGCACUUUUAUACCAAGCUCAUGAGGAAAAAUAUCACCUUCCAGGUUUGCGAUAUCCGAAACCGUAUAAUCCGAUCUAG